AUGGAUAAAGCCCAUCCAUUGAGCUCUCCAAUGGUUAUCCAAUCACUUGACAUCAAGAAAGAUCAUUUUCGUCCUCGAGAGGAUGAUGAAGAACUCCUUGGUCCUGAAGUGCCCUAUCUCAGUGCGAUUGGUGCUUUUUUGUAUCUUGCAAAUUGCACAAGACCUGACAUAAUUUUUUCAGUUAAUUUAUUAGCAAGGUACAGUUCUGCACCAACACGUAGACGUUGGAAUGGAAUCAAACACAUAUUGCGAUAUCUUCGUGGUAUAAUUGAUAUGGGAUUGUUUUAUUCAAAAGCACCAAAUUCUCAAUUCAUUGGAUAUGCAGAUGCCUGCUAUCUCUUUGACCCACAUAAAGCUUAUUCACAAACAAGAUGUGUGUUUACCUAUGGCGGCACGGCUAUAUCAUGGCGAUGUAUAAAACAAACAAUGAUUGCAACUUUUUCAAAUCAUUUUGAGAUACUCGCAAUUCAUGAGGCAAACAGCGAAUGCAUUUGGUUUAGAUCAAUGAUCCAACAUAUUCGAACAACAUGUGGUCUCUCAUCAAUAAAAGAUAGCCCAACAGUAUUAUAUGAAGAUAAUGCGGCAUGCAUUGCACAGAUGAAAGAAUGA